AUGGCUCGUACAAAGCAGACCGCUCGUAAGUCUACUGGAGGGAAAGCGCCGCGCAAGCAACUGGCUACCAAGGCGGCCCGCAAAAGCGCUCCCGCUACCGGCGGCGUGAAGAAGCCGCAUCGCUACCGCCCUGGAACGGUGGCCCUGCGUGAGAUCCGCCGCUACCAGAAAUCUACUGAGUUGUUGAUCCGGAAGCUACCGUUCCAGCGGCUGGUGCGCGAAAUUGCGCAGGACUUCAAGACCGACCUGCGUUUCCAGAGCUCGGCCGUGAUGGCGCUGCAAGAGGCGUGCGAGGCCUACCUGGUAGGCCUUUUUGAGGAUACCAACCUGUGCGCUAUUCACGCCAAACUCAUGUCAGGUCGUGGCAAAGGCGGGAAGGGUCUUGGAAAAGGCGGCGCCAAGCGCCACCGUAAGGUACUCCGCGACAACAUCCAGGGCAUUACCAAACCUGCCAUACGGCGCCUAGCUCGGCGCGGCGGCGUGAAGCGUAUCUCUGGUCUGAUCUAUGAGGAGACUCGUGGAGUUCUGAAGGUCUUCCUGGAGAACGUAAUCCGCGACGCCGUUACCUACACCGAGCACGCCAAGCGCAAGACGGUCACCGCCAUGGACGUGGUCUAUGCGCUCAAGCGCCAGGGACGCACCCUCUAUGGCUUCGGGGGUUAA